CAAUAACUGACAAGGGCUGACGGGAAGAAGAAAAAAAAAACUCAUGCCGAUCCUCACUGAUCCAAAGUCUGUUUCAGAGUUGUCUGUGUGAUUGAAGAUUCACAAACAGAAACUGAUCCCAGGUCUGUGAGCACAUGAGGGUUCUCGUGUUUGCCAAAAAGGGAUGAGAACAAUUUCCAUUCCACUUGUGGAUCCACCAGGCAGCUACAGACACGAGAUAUAAACACAAGGUUCAGUCAGACCACAGGACAGUUUAGCAGCCCCCACUUCCUCAUCGAGAGCAAGUGAACACGAGUUUCCUGCAACGCCUCUGUGUCUCUGGUCAAUUAUUUUACUCACAUCACUCCGCUGCUGUUGAGCUGUGCUGCAUGGGAAAAGACCGGCUUCAUCUUCACCUGGACCAAGCUCUUCAGUCAUCAAAACUGCAUCCGUCUGGACAAAAACAAAGGACGCAAGAGUAGUUUGGUUAUUCAGAUGAAAGCUGUGAUGAUGUUUUCAAACAGUUAAAGUCGGUUGCGGGUUCAAGAUAUUCAGCCAUGCUGCAGCAGUCAGAGCUCAUCUUUGACUUUGCCAGUGAUCAUGUCAACAUGUCACAGUUGAUGGGUUACUCGGAUUACCCUGCGGUGAUUGUGGAACAGGUUCCCCUCCCACACCAGCUCUUGUAUGCAGGUUUAGCGUGUGAACAGAUACAGACAGAGCAGGACCACCAGCAGCUGCUCAAAGUGGAGCCAUGUGAAAGUGGAGAGGAAGAAACCAUGGAGACACUUGUUGCUGCUGACUCCCUUCUCAACAUGGACUGCCCUGACUCCCUCUCACUGGAGCAACACUACUCCCAGACCUUCCUGCCAUCACUGGGUGAUGUUAUCACUACGCCUGUUACCCAGGUGACCGUGUCAGCAGAGGGGAUUGUGGGAGCAUUUGACCAGCCACAAUGGCACUCGCUGCACACAGGGAAGCCUGUGUCACAGCUGCAGUCCAGAAAAAGAGGGAGAAAAGCUCGACAUAGAAGGGCAGAGUCUCCCACACCAGACAUCACAGUGAAAAAGGAUAAAUACAACAAAGGAGGAAACACACUGUACCUGUGGCAGUUCCUGAUGGAGUUGUUGCAGGACCGACAAGUCUGCCCCCGCUACAUUAAAUGGACAAAUGCCAACGCAGGAAUCUUCAAGCUGGUCAACUCUAAAGCAGUGGCCAGGCUGUGGGGCAAACACAAGAACAAGCCAGACAUGAAUUAUGAGACAAUGGGCCGAGCACUCAGGUACUACUACCAGAGAGGAAUAUUGAAUAAGGUUGAAGGCCAGCGUCUUGUCUACCAGUUCACCUCUCUGCCCAAAGACAUGAUUUAUAUCAUAGAUGGAGAAGGCACCAAAGAAGAAGAAGAUGACGAAAAUGACGACAUCAGUGGCCAUGACGAUGGUGUGAGCGAUAACUCUGAUGACAGCACGAUACCUUCCAGUGACCAGUCAGUCGAGGAGGAAGAUUCACACCCACCACAAAAGAAGAUGUUAACCUCCUCUGUCAGAGCCCCGGCCACCCAGCGGAGCAGACCUUCUCACAGACCCUCUGCCCAGAGGGACACCGUCCUGCGGCCCACCAACGCCAGCCUGAUCCAGGAGCAGCAUUUGCCCAUUGUGUCUGCUGAGAUGCUGCGGACCUUCCAGAAUUUGCAGAAGGUCCAGUCCCUGCAGCCUAGGGGUCACGCCUCCGUCUUUCAGACAGCUCAGCUGCUGGGGAGUCUGUGUGAGCAACAGGCUGCAGCAGAGGGCUCUGUGGAAGGUCAGGAUGAGACGUCACAGCCGGGACAGAAAACCUCACAGGUGGAGACUCCACAGCUGGUGCCGCUGACCAGCUCUGACCAAUGAAAAAAGACCAAAACCAACUACCCCCAAACACACACACAUACACACACAGACACUCCACUCACUCAGGACCAGUUACAGAGCCGAUCUUUGCUGUGGCUGCACACCAGGGUCUUUAUAUCGGAAGUCUGUAAAGCCUGAUUUACGCUCUUUUGUUGAAUCUAUGCAGAGCCUACGCUAAUCAUGCAACAUAUAAUUAAGUUGUUGAUUGAAGGAAAUUUAAAACAAAAUACUUUUGGCGGGAAAAAAAAUCUAUAUUUUUAUUGGUUCUAGUCCUUUAAUGUAAGGAUUAGCUACUUCUUGUCAGCUCAAUGGAAAGGCUUUGGGGUUUGAUCUGCUGGUUUCACAAACAAAGCAAGUAGAGUCAUCAUUUUGAGAUCUGGGACAUCGUGAUGAGCACUUAUACAUCUUUCUGACAAUUAAGGUUCCAAAUAAUUAUUCUAAUCAUCGUACAAACGUCUGUAACAUCAAAGCACCAGUGAGGAACUUUCAGUCUGUGUUGAAUUUGGUGGCACCUGUAGACAAGGCGGUAUGUCUUAUUUCUUUGCUUAUCUUGUCUUUUACAUACCGGUAUGUAGGGAGUGUUUUCUGACUUAAAUUUCAUCCUGCUGUUUUUCAACAGUCAAAUGUAAAACCCAUUGUUUCUUUGCAGUGGAAAAAGUAUUUAAAAAAAAAAAAAAAGGCUUUCUUCAGCCUUUUCUUAAAACUUGUCUGACACCUUCCCCUGGCUGCGGUUAUGUGGAUUAAGAAUAACUCUAUAGAAAUAGUCCAUCUUGUUGCAGACAGUCUCGUUUUCACAUGCAGCUCAAAAAAAGGGCAUCAAUAUAAGUCACAAGCAGUUAAAACCUCCACACAGGGUCUUUUUUUAAAAGUUAUUUUUGGGGACUUUUUACCAUUAUUAAAUACUUACACUGAAACGACUGCAACAUGGUAAAUAUGCACACAUUAUACACAUGUAAAUAUUAAGACUGGCCAUCACUAUUCAAGUUUUAGCUCCAUGUUGAAUCCUACAGACUAUGCCAGCUAUUAGAACGGUAAUUUCAAUACAGUUCCCUAUUUAGUUCUCAUGUGAAGCUGCCAAGUUGACCAGUGACGGUCAUAGAAGUCUGUGUUAUAGUUACAUCCCUCUUUAAGGUGUAGGCUGCUGCGUUGAUUCAACACAAAAGUGUAUAUGUAUCAGGACAAAGAAAAGGAGUAUUGAUCCAGGAUGAUUUUUUGAGAAGUUGUAGCAAAAGUCAUUCUAGAUCACUGCACCCCCCCGAUGUGUAAAUAAGCAGGAAAUUGACAAGAAACCAAAAUCUCAAACCGUUUACUUUCUAAGGCAGACUUUAAAAGCUCUUGUCCUUUAUCUCAGCCUUAAGUUCUCUACUGCCAUUAACUAAACACCAAAGAGGACAGACAUGCACUGGAACCUACUGCCUCACUGCACCUUCUGCAGACACUCCCUCUGCCUGCACUUCACCCCCAGCGUCGUGAAGCGAAUCUUUCUGCUCACCACACUGUGCCCUUGUUUUCUCUGCCCUCACUCUCGCGGUCUCCCACUCUGUAUCUCUGUUUUACCAUCGCACGCUGAAUCAUUCCUCUGCCUUGAAAACAGCUUUGCACUAAUGUUUACCUCUGCUGUAUGUUUCUUCUCUUAAGUGCCUGAAGCUGUCAUCCAUCCUGUCCCUGCUUCCUCUGUGUCUGUAAUCAUGAGGUUAUUGAGGGAAAACAUUCCAUAUUAUUACUGUUUUUUUUAUUUGUUCGGAUUACUGAAUAUGUUUGUGUUGUGAAAUGUUGAAAACAAGGGAUCACUGUUCUUUUUAAAUAGUACUUUGGCACUGCUGCUGUUGUUUAUAGUUUGUGUUUCUACACAGUGGACCUGUCUUUUGUUGACAAUCACCAGUGAAUUUGGUUUUGUAGCCUUUUAUUGAGCUACUGUCGAGUAUAUUCCUUCUAUUUAGCCUCUCUGCUAUGCACACAAUCUGUUCAGUUAUGACACAUGUAUAAAUGCAUAUAUGGACCUCUGAAGCCUUGAUAUCUCUAUGUGUUGUGUGUUAUAUACUGGUUAUCUGUGAUCAUGCUUGACUUUGUGCCUUAUUGCCAUUUUCUCCCUCAGGUUUGUAAAAAUGUUGUCGUCUACUAUAUGCAAGGCUGAAAACAGCUUUUCUUCUAUAAUGAAGUCGUGCUAGCUUAGUUAUGUUAGCUUAGCCUCACAAAUCCAGCCCAAAGAGCUCACCUCACUCCAAAAGAAGACUGUGCCUGUAUGAUUUAGGCUGGCUUUUGUGACGCUAAACUUUAAGAUUUGUGCCUUUACAUUGGAGCCCUAUGAAAAACUGAUUUCACUUCACUCCAGAGUAAGCCCUUUUUUUUUCCACUCCUCUCACUUUGCAUCCUCUGGAGGUCUCUUGAUACUGUAAGUUUUGCUGAUAUGGAUUUGUAAAUGUGAAGCAGAUGGAGAGGUGGACUUUCUGUUGCUUUAUUUUGGUCUGUUUGCUUUUGUGCAGUCUGGAAAUAUUAAAAAAGACAUGAAAUGGUCAAUAUAUAAGAAAUAAACUUAAUUUUAUCA